GAUUGGGUGCUUGGCCGUCCCCGCGCCAUUAGCGCGUAACGAGGUACAGCUUGCUGCGGCAGAGACGCCAGAGGUGCAGCUCCAGCAGCAAUGGCAGUAACGGCGUUGGUGGCGCGGACGUGGCUUGGCGUGUGGGGCGUGAGGACCAUGCAAGCCCGAGGCUUCGGCUCGGAUCAGUCCGAGAAUGUCGACCGGGGCGCGGGCUCCAUCCGGGAAGCCGGUGGGGCCUUCGGAAAGAGAGAGCAGGCUGAAGAGGAACGAUAUUUCCGAGCACAGAAUAGAGAACAACUGGCAGCUUUGAAAAAACACCAUGAAGAAGAAAUCGUUCAUCAUAAGAAGGAGAUUGAGCGUCUGCAGAAAGAAAUUGAGCGGCAUAAACAGAAGAUCAAAACGCUAAAACAUGAUGAUUAAGUGCACACAGUUCCCCAUAGAAUGGCACAUGUCACUGCCCACUUCUGUGUAGACAUGGUUCUGGUUUAAUUAAUAUUUGUCUGUGUGCUACUAACAGAUUAUAAUAAAUUGUCAUCAGUGAACUGU